GUUGAUAUUUGUUAUUGAACUUGAUUCCUGUAGCUCUCAUUUUGCAGUAUAAAUUGCCAUUUUCUCUUGAAGAUUUGGUCAAGCCAUUUCAAACGUUAGUAAAGAUGAACAAAUUUAUUGAUUUUCGAAAGAAACUAAGUCAUACAACUCAUUUCUUGGUAUUCAGUUGUUUAAGAACAACUUUAUUGAUUUUCAGCUGUUUAAGAACAAAAUUACUAUGCUCCUACAACUAUUUUCUUGGUAUUCAGUCAUACGUUCUUCAUAUUCUUCUCUUUCGAGUAAAUCCAUUUUGGAUCGAAGUUUUCUAUUUUAUCAUAGUUUCCUUGGUUGGUUUCUUGGCUUUGAGGAUUUCAAAGACAAGAAAAACUUCAUUCACGCCAAAAGAUUUUGAUCUCAUAUUCACAUCUGUGUCAGCUGCCACUGUUUCAAGCGUUUCCACCGUCGAAAUGGAGGUCUUUUCCAACAUACAACUUGUGUUUUUAACCUUUUUAAUGCUUUUUGGUGGAGAAGUCUUUUAUUCCAUGAUUGAACUUCAUUUGAUGAAGUCCAAGCUUCAAAAAAUCAGAAUAAAAGACAACGAGACCGAUUCUUAUAUCACGGACUCUGAUUCUUCAAAUCCAAAAAAUUCCAUUGAUCAUAUUGAGCUCGGUAUGGUUACUCACUCUGAAGAUGAGAAGCCAGAUGCCACAUUAGAGACAGAUGAAAAAGCCCCAGAGACAGAGACUUUGAAAUUCAACUCCAUUAUAAUUCUGUCUCAUGUAGUCUUAUGUUAUCUUCUGGUGGUUCAUGUAGCAGGUUUUUCUUUGAUUUUGUUUUAUUUAAGCCUUAUUUCAAGUGCAAAAGAAGUGCUCCAGAAAAAAGGACUCAAUGUGAAAACUUUCGGUAUCUUCACUACAGUAUCUUCAUUUGCAAACUGUGGUUUUGUCCCUACAAAUGAAAAUAUGAUGGUUUUCAAGAAAAAUACAGGUCUUCUCCUCAUUUUAAUCCCUCAGAUUCUUAUUGGGAACACAUUAUAUCCUGUAUGCCUACGUCUCAUCAUCUGGUUUUUGGAGAAAUUUAUGAAGAGGGCUGAAUUCAGGUACAUGCUAAAAAAUUCCAGAGAAUUGGGCUAUGCUCAUUUGUUACCGGGGCUGCAUUCAGCUUUUCUUGCAUUCACUGUUUUUGCGUUCAUAGCGAUACAGUUCGUGCUAUUUUGCUUGUUGGAGUGGCAUUCAGAAGCCAUUUCUGGUAUAAGUUCUUAUCAGAAGAUGGUAGGAUCUUUGUUUCAAGUGAUGAAUUCCAGGCAUGCCGGAGAAUCUGUUUUUAUAGAGUCACAUUUAUAUAAUUCAAAUGAUAUCGGAACCCUAAAUGAUUUGGUGUUGAUUUGGUACAGGUAUCUGCCACCUUAUACUUCAUUUUUGCCAAUUGAGGAAAAGAGUUCAACAAGCACGAAAAGGAAGAAUAUUAUGGAACACAUAUUAUUCUCACAACUCUCUUAUUUAGUCAUUUUCAUCAUUCUCAUUUGUAUAACCGAAAGGGAAAAGAUGAAAAGAGAUCCCCUCAACUUCAACGUGCUCAACAUUGUCAUUGAAGUAAUUAGUGCGUAUGGGAACGUAGGAUUCUCCAUGGGAUACAGUUGUGCAAAGCAAAUUCAUCCCGAUAAAUACUGUAAAGACGCAUCGUAUGGAUUCGUUGGAAAAUGGAGUGAUGGGGGAAAAUUUAUCAUCAUUCUAGUUAUGUUCUUUGGAAGGUUGAAGAAAUUCAGUAAGAGAGGUGGCAAAGCUUGGAAACUACCUUGACAUGCAUGUAUAUAUGGAGAGAUACAUACGUACAUACCUAAGCACAUAAGAUAAGCGUGAAUACAGUAAUGAUUUCCUAAGCACUAAUGCAUAGCUUAUAAGUAUCAGUGAUAUGACACGCUAAUUAAUUGGUGAAUAAUUAAAUUCAUGAGAUCUACCAUUAACUUAUUCACCAAUUAAUGAUGUGCCAUGUCACCGUUACUUAACAUAAGUUAAGCAUCGAUGCUUAAAAAAUCUUUUUUUUU